GUCUGAUCCCGUUGGAGAAGCAGCGUUCCCUCAUAGCUUUUUUUGUCUUGUCUUUCAGGGAGGGAGCCGAUUUCCGGUAAUAGUAGAGGAACGUGGUACUGGAUGAGAACGCGGCGGCAGCAUCCUCGUUAGUCGGAGCCUGACUCUCUCUGCUUAAUGCUGGUUUCUUUGUCAUCAGGUCUGCUAAAAAAAUGACAGAAUAUAAACUUGUGGUGGUUGGAGCUGGUGGCGUAGGCAAGAGCGCCUUGACAAUACAGCUAAUUCAGAACCACUUUGUGGAUGAAUAUGACCCUACGAUAGAGGAUUCCUACAGGAAGCAAGUAGUAAUAGAUGGAGAAACCUGUCUCUUGGAUAUUCUUGAUACAGCAGGUCAAGAAGAAUACAGUGCAAUGAGGGACCAAUACAUGAGAACAGGGGAAGGCUUCCUAUGUGUAUUUGCUAUAAACAAUACAAAGUCUUUUGAAGAUAUUCACCAUUAUAGGGAACAAAUAAAGAGAGUUAAAGACUCUGAAGAUGUUCCAAUGGUGCUAGUAGGAAACAAAUGUGAUUUGCCUUCCAGAACAGUAGAUACAAAACAAGCUCAGGAUUUAGCAAGAAGUUACGGAAUUCCUUUCAUUGAAACAUCAGCAAAGACAAGACAGGGUGUUGAUGAUGCCUUCUAUACAUUAGUUCGAGAAAUCAGAAAACACAAAGAGAAGAUGAGCAAAGAUGGUAAAAAGAAGAAAAAGAAGACAAAGACAAAGUGUAUAAUUAUGUAAAUACAAUUUAUCCUUAUUCUUAAGAAGUACUUAAGUAAUUUUUGUACAUUACACUAAAUUAUUAGCAUUUGUUUUAGCAUUACUUUACUUUCUGCUUCAUGAUCCUGUUAGCUUUACCUGAAUGCUUGUUUUAAAUGACAGUGGAAACUUCAUUCCUCUUAAAGUGCCAGUAUUCUUUGACUGUUGGUUCUUGAACGAGCAAUGCCUGUGAAAAAAAAACAACAAAAAACCAACCAAACAAAAACCCCACACAUAAAAACCUGGGAACUGUCUUAGGACUCUUUGGUGCAUGCACAGUUGCUAACUUCCUAUUUUUCUUACUGAUUGUGAACUUCUGUUCUGUGUGCAAACCAAACAAUGAAAUGAUGCUCUAACAUCCCCUUUAAUUUUUUGGUUUUUAAAUCUGGUUGGGGAAAAAGGAAUAGUUAGCAAAAGAGACUUUCAUUUCAGCCUUUUAUUUUAGACUGCAAUAUAGAGACCAGAAGCCUUUAUAGUCUUCCUGUAGAUUUUGCUUCUAGGCAUCUAGUCUUGUAGCACUUCAGAUCAACUUUAAUGAAUGUAAAGAUAAAACUUUCACAAAAAUUUUUUUCACUGCAAUUUGUCACAGUCACUCCUGAAAGACUCUAUUUUUUCUAUUAAAAAAAAAAAAAAAGAAAAAGACAACAAUGCACAUCUGGCAAUGGAAAAAGUAAAAGUUCUAAUUAGGUUGAUUUGCUAUUGUUGAUGCAUUGCUUUACAACUUUCACUAACCUUUUGUGUCUGAAGACCAAGGUGAAAUCUUAGCUCUCCUGACCAUCACUAGCAAAUCUUCCAAGUAGCUUUGUUCAGUAGGUACAGGAUUUCACCCUUAGUGUCUCCAGGAAAUACUAGAAAGCCUUAACUGAGAAGUUGAUUCAAAUUCUUAGGUUAAUUCAUACAUGGAUCCAGAAUUUACCAUAAGAAUUAAAUCAAGGAAUCCUAAAUUAUAGAGUGAAGUAAAACUUGUUUUUUUUUUUCCCCCAAGAGUGGGAUUAGGUAUUUCCAGAUGCCCAUUUUGUGCAAAAUAGGGGAGGAAUUUUAAAUUCCAGUAACAUUAAAUGAGUUGGAAUUUAGCUGCUUCAUGCAAAAAAUUUGGAAAUCCACUAUGCCAUAAAAAUGGUGUGGAAUUUGCACAAACUGUCAGCAUAGAACAUGGUUUCCAGAGUCAAUGUUGUUUGUGUGAUGUUUGUGAAGUACUAGUUUUGUUGCACAGAUUAAAUGGUUGGUGAGUGGCAUUCCAGUGUCUGGACUGUCAUGAAGCUAGAUGAAGAUUUUAAUGUUGUCUUUCUCUGUGGUUAAGUUCUCUUGUGAUUUCACACUCCCCUCCUCUUUUUUUUUUCUCCUGAUUGGAAUUAAUGCAGAAUUUUUGCAGAAGCUUUCUUUUUUUGGUACUGCAGUAGUCUAGUUAUUCUGCACUAAAGUAAGAGCCAGUAAUUCCAGUGUUACCAGCUCCUGUUGUCUUACUGUAAAUGUCACAUUGAUAGUUUCAUUAGAGCCUGGGUUCCUGAAGGGACACUUCUUCAAGGUCCCUAACUCAUCUGCAGAGUAAAAUUUGAAAAUGUCACUCUGGUGUACCCAGUAAAAUAAAAUACAUUGGAGUAGGAUAGUUCAGGACACUGGAAGGUUUGGAACAGGGAAUAGCAGCAUUGCCGUAACCUAAGGUACACCUUAAAAAAAAUUAGGUGGAAAUUUUACACAGUACAGUUUUCAUACACCUGCCUAACUUGGACCAUUUCUACGAUGUCAGGGUGCAACUGCAUGAGAAACAUGUUCUUUUGCUUCUGCCAAAAAAUCCCCUCAGUGACUCUGGUAGGUGGAGAGCUGCAAAGCUGGCAGGGGAACUGUCUGGAUUGCUGUGUGUUCUUUAAUGUCAAUGUGGCUGAGAAACAAUGCCUUUCCCUGCCUGCCUCCCUCAGUCCCCACCCUCCACUGAGACCCUCUCCUCCUUUUCAGCUUUGAUGUGAAAUAUACUUCAGAUGAUGAAAUAUUCUGAAAAACAGUAACAGGAGAACCUAACAUGAUAUUGUAAGGACCAAUAAGGAAUACAAACAGAUUCUCAAUGUUGAAAAACAAUUUACAGCUUCCAAGGUUAAAACAUUUUGGAGACAGUUAUUUGUGUAUUAUAGACACCCUUGCUAAUAUAUGAAGAAUGUAGCAAAAGUGGAUAGUAUCCUUUGAGAAAAUGGAAGUAAUCUUAAGAUUUUUGGUAACUGAGUCAUGCUGCAUGCAAAAUUACGGCUGGUAUAAAACUCUUAUGCUAAUUUAACUAAAAACGGUUAGGAGAAAUUUUAGCUGAAAUGUCAAUCAUCAAAUGUGGAUUUAUAUAGCUCUAAUAUAAAGCUAUAUAUAAAACAGGGUGGGUUUUUUUUUUUUCCAGUAAAUGUGAUCUGUAGCUACCAAUCCAACUAAAUGAGUUACAAGAUCUGUUUAGAUUAGCCCUUAAUUACCUUUUUUUUACAAAUACACAUCCUUGCCGCUGUUGUGCAGUUUUGUCUUGAUAUUUGUUCAGAAUUGGUGAAGCAUGUUGGAUUGCAGCUUGCACAAGUUGAUCUCAUCCUUACUCUGUCUUGCCCUGUAUGAAAUGCUUUCAAAGAACAUACCUGGAUGCUGUCUGUUCUGAUAGCAACUACUAAAUGAACAUGUGAAUCGCAUACCACGUUAAUACAUUGAAUUGUCAUGUGUCAGGGAGUAACACCUUCUUACAGUAGCUUUAUGUAAUGCUGGUAAACUUCACUGAUGUUUUUCUCAAAACUCAAAUUUAAUGAUUUCGACCAGUCUGGUUGCCCUAAAAUUUUUGCUAACUUAAAAAAAAAAAAAAAAAGUUGCAGUUUGUAUUUUGUUACAAUAACAGAAUCUCUGUAAUGGGUAGAUACUGACACAAUCUUCUGCUCAGCUAUACUAUGAAGCAAUACAAUUAUUACCUUCAAAGACCAUCAAACUGUUAAGAAAUCAUUUUGUCACAAGUUUACAUAAAGCUACAUAGAUGGUAAAUCUUUCCUAACAUUUCUUUAUUCCACUGUCCUGUGUUUUCAUGUUGAAAAUACUUCUGCUUUUUCCUCUUGAGUGCCAACUUCUUACUAGAAUGACUUCUUAAUGUAAUAUGUUUACCGGAAUGUAUUUUAACUAUUUUUGUAUAGUGUAAACUGAAACAUGCACAUUUUGUACAUUGUGCUUUAUUUGAUGUGGAACAUAUGCAGUGUGAUCCAGUUUUUCCAUCAAUUUGGUGGUGUGACCUAGGAAUGUUGGUCAUACCAGACAUUAAGUUAAAAAAAAAAAAAAGCCACUUUGUUUUAAAAUUUUUAAUGUUUUUAGGAGUAUGUGCUGUGAGGUGAUCUGGAAUUUGUCUCUUUUUUUUUUUCCUUUUUUUUUUGUUUUUGUUUUUGUCAAACUGUACUGCUCCUAUUUAUUGUAAUGUAAUAAAAAAUAGUUAUUGUGA